AUGAAUCGAAUGAAGAUGGCUCAAGUUGAAAUCUCAGGAAAGCUGAACGAGAUGCCCGACACCAUUGCCGAGCACACCCUGACCAAUGAGUCUGAGGGAAUCAGCGAGGUCAAGCCAAAGGUGCAUUUCGGCUUGCUUUCUGCCAUAGGUGUUCAGUACUCGGUGACUGGUGCCCCGAUUGCAAUUGGUAGCUAUCUAUCCCUAACAAUUGGACUUGGUGGUUCGCCGGCCUACUUCUGGGGUUACUUCAUGAUGGGCUUCUUCCAACUGGCAACUUGCUUGGCAAUUUCCGAGUUGGCGUCUGCCAUACCUCAUUCUUCCGGACCCGCACAUUGGGUGACUGUCCUAGCACCUUCUCGCUACGGCCGAACGCUUGGCUACAUAAUGGGAUGGUUAACAAACGCUGGCUGGUUCUUCAUCAGCGCCGCCUGUGUUCUUUACACUGCCCAGCUCACCAUGGCCAUCGUCGGAGCAGCGAAUCCAGACUUUGUGAUUAUGCCAUGGCAGACCUACCUCGUCUAUUGUGCGUAUGCAUUGCUAUGUUUAGCCAUCAACCUGCCUCGGACUUUCAAGACCGUUAAUUUCUUGCUCAUGGCGGUCAUAUUUUCAGUCAACGGCACAGCCAUUUGGUUACUUGUUGCACUUUUAGUCCGGGCUCGUCCGAAACAAAGUGCCCAUGCGGUUUUCGUUGAAUUUGUCAAUGAGUCUGGCUGGUCCUCCAACGGCGCCGUCUAUUUUCUGGCCUUGUUGCCUGCGUACGCCUCCUUGUCGGGAUUCGAUAAUGCGACACAUUUGACUGAUGAACUGGAUAACCCAAAAAAACAGGUCCCGCAAGUGAUUAUAGGAUCAUUCCUCAUGAAUUAUUUCACUGCACUGCCUAUGAUUGUGGUCUAUGAGUUCUGCAAUGUUGACCCGAAGAGCCUACUUGACCCGGUUGGAGGUCAGCCAAUGAUUCAGCUCAUGCUGAACGCCUUCCGUUCGCUCCCACUGACGGCAGUCACCGGAGCUAUCGUUAUUUAUGGCUUUUUCUUGGCUUCUGCAUCUUCGCUGAUUACAUGGUCCCGGCUCUACUGGUCUUUCUCUCGCGAGGGCUCUUUACCAUUUUCGAGAACGAUGUCCAAGCUCACAUCCCGGGACAGCUUGCCGGUAUAUGCGUUGUGCUGGAACACCGUCCUCCUCAUUGCCAUUGGGGCUAUCAGCAUCGGUUCAACAACAGCCAUGAACGCUCUCCUUGGGGCGGCUAAUGUUUGCAUUAUUUCCGCAAUAGUCACGGCAUUUGGAUUGGCUCUCUAUAAAGGGCGCAAAACAUUUGACCCAGAUCGUUGGUUCAACUUGGGUCGAUGGGGCAAUGCCAUCUUUUGGCUGGCAACGUUGUGGAGUAUCUUCAUAACCGUGAUGCUCAGCAUGCCACUCUAUCUUCCAGUGACCCCAGUGACCAUGAACUGGACAUGCGUCGUCUUUGGUGGUGUGGUUGUAAUUGCAACCAUCUACUGGUUUGCCAUUUUCUCCAGGAAUAAGGUGGUCCAUUACAGUGAGGACAAUCAAGGUGGGCAAGCGGACCAGCAUUGA